GGCAGGAGGUCACAGGUGCGGCGGUUGCCCCUCCAUGUCAUUGCCCCUCCACCUGCCCCUCAGUGAGCUCACGAUUCAUGAAGGGGAAUAUCUAAGCUGCGAAUUGCCUCCCGAUCAACGACUGUGAACUGAUUCCCUUUUCUCUCAUUCAUACGUUUUUCUCUUCAACUUGAACCUUUUGAUACCCCGUGAAGAAGAGAAUCAGCCAAACAUGUCUGUCGAAGUCCUCAAGACCAUCUCCCCCACCACCAACGAGGCCAUCCUCACCCGGAAUGGCGUCUCUCAGGCCGAAUUAGAUGAGCUUCCCAACACCGCCACCAAGGCUUUCGAGUCAUGGAGCAAGACCUCGCUGGCCGACCGCAAGACCAUCAUCAAGAAGGCUCUGAGCCUCCUCCUCGAGCAAAAGGAUGAUCUCGCCCAAGAGCUUACCGUCCAGAUGGGCCGCCCCUGUGCCUACACCGGCGUCGAAAUCGCCACGGCGGUGAAGCGCGGCGAGUACCUCCUGAAGAUUGCCGAUGACGUCCUCAAGGACACCGAAGGCGAGGCUGAGAAGGGAUUCAAGCGCUUCAUUCGCAAGGUUCCCGUUGGCCCGGUCCUCGUCCUCUUUGCCUGGAAUUACCCUUACCUCAUUCUGGUCAACUCGCUCAUUCCCGCGCUGUUGUCUGGCAACACCGUCAUCUUGAAGCCCUCACCGCAGACUCCGACGAUUGUGGAGCGCGUGGCCAAGGUGUUUGAGGAGGCCGGUCUCCCGGCCGGCGUGCUGCAGUACUUCCACUGCGGCUCUCCCGUCAUGAUUGAGUCCAUCGUGCGUAACCCCAAGGUGAAGCUCGUUGCCUUUACCGGCUCCGUGGCCGGUGGUCUGGCCGUGCAGCAGGCUGCGUCAGACCGUGUCGUCAACGUCGGUUUGGAGUUGGGAGGAAAGGACCCGGCCUACAUCCGUAGCGAUGUGGACAUUGACUGGGCCGCGGCCGAGAUCGUCGACGGCGCCGUCUUCAACUCGGGACAGAGCUGCUGCUCCGUCGAGAGGGUGUACGUCGACGACAAGAUUCACGAUGCUUUUGUCGAAGCCGUCCAGAAGGUUCUCAAGGGGUACGUGCUCGGAGACCCCUUUGACAAGGGCACGCACGUUGGCCCCGUCAUCUCGAAGCGUUCCCAGGAAGCCAUCGAGUCGCACAUCAAGGAUGCCCUCUCCAAGGGCGCCACUGACGCAACCCCCGAGAACGAGUCCUUCAGCAACCCCCCGCCCAAGGGCAACUUCGUCAAGCCCACGCUCCUCACGGGCGUGGACCACUCGAUGACCGUCAUGACGGAGGAGACGUUUGGACCGGUGAUUCCCGUCCAGCGGGUCAAGAGUGACGAGGAGGCUGUCAAGCUCAUGAACGACAGCGAGUUCGGCCUGACGGCCAGCAUCUGGACAAAGGACACGGACCGCGGCUACGAGCUCGCGGACCAGGUCGAAGCAGGAACCGUCUUCGUUAACCGAUGCGAUUACCCCAGCCCAGUGAGUAUACCCUACAAGCAACAAACAUGGCAUUUCUUACCCUUGGCGGUCAUCCGAUCUGUAUUCUGCCCGCUCCGAUCACCAUCCUCCGUGUUUGUUUGUCUCCGGUCCCCACCCUUUCCCUCUUCCUUAGCCCGAUGCUCCCCCCGCCCCGAACGCUAGAGUUGGCAAAGUGGUUAGGAAGUUCCGACUCGGAGCGGGUAGCCGCAUACUAUCUUCCUUUUCUUUUGUUGUUUUAUCUGCCUGCCGGCUUUCGCAAACUCUAUACACUCGCCAGUCGUUUUUGUUUAUCCAUCGGCCUGCAAGCCAUCUUCGUCAUCAAGCCACCGCCAUCAUCCUUCCCCUCAGAGUCUUUCGGUACUGACAACUUUUUUAGGACCUAGCGUGGACGGGUUGGAAGAACUCCGGCAAGGGGCAGACCCUAAGCCGCUUCGGCUACGAUCAGUUUGUCAAGCUCAAGAGCUACCACUUGAAGGACUACCCCAAAUGAGCGGUAGGACCGUAGCCUUCCUCCUCGCGUGAGCACGCCUUGCGCCCGCUGUCACUGGCUUCCAUCCGUGUCAUGUGGGAAAGCUUGGGUGAGAAGGAGGAGGAGGAGGGGUGUUGGCGAUGUUGUUAGGAUGGUGUUUUGCCCGGUGAAGAGCAGACAUCGCGACGGCGGGAUAUGCCAGGCGGAAGGAGGCUCCAUCUAGUCAGCACUGUCUCUGUCAGGAACCUGAAUCCCGGGUCCCAAGGCUUUACUGCUAGACUCGAGCCCACGUCAGAGAAGACGGCGUUUCUUCAGCGCACAGGCAGCCGCUUCUCUUGUGGACACUAGCAUGGCGUAGUCUUCCUUGACAAGUUUGUUGAAGCAGUGGGCGGCCGGAUGUCUGUGUCAUUGUUAGGCUGAGCCAGAGCAUCGGGGAGAGAGAUGCACGAUGGAGAAGUGGAUAUGGCACGAUCACACGAAUAUUGUUAACGCUUGAAAAAUCAAAGAUACCUCUUAUUUUGUUA